GUGAAUCCGGGCGUGGACCAAGCUGCCUCUGUCAGGCCAACGGCAGAGGAAAGCAAGGAGUACUGGACGGUGAAGCGCAUCGAGAAAGCAGCUGAGCGUGCCUUCGAGACAUGGUACGAGGGCGACCGAUGGCGGCUCAAGUUUUCCAUGGCAGGCCUAGACCCUUCGUU